AUGCCGACUAGAUUAGACGCCAUUGCGGAGGCUCAUAUAUUCUCGUGCCAGUUCCUGUUCGGAUGCCAGUGUGUCUCAGGAACGAAGCGGCCCGCCCACGACGACGACGCCCGCAGCGACACGCCGCCCUCGCCCAUCCGCGACGAGCCACUCAGCCUGAAGGUGGCGCCCCGGCCUCCCCCUCCGAGGCCACGCCCACCCGCCCGCACAGCCCCCGGCGCGCCCGCCUGGCCAGCCCGCCGGCGACCCGCCAGCGAGGACGAGGACCCGCGGCCCAGCAAGGCGCCUCGCAGGGACGCCGACGACGACGAGGACCGCGGCGGCGCUCCCCGCCCGCGUCGGGGCGGCCGACGCGGCCAAGCUCACCAGCAUGGAGACCCUCGUGCGGCUGUUCCCGGCAGGAAGGUGCAGGUGCUGGAGACGGUCCUGCUGCGCUGCGGCGGCGACGUCCUGCGCGCCAUCCAGACGCUGCUCUACGCCCUCCCGCCCGCCUCCUCCGCGCCCUCGCCCACCACGCCCCCGCCGCGCCCCACCCGCACGCCCACCACGAGAAACAACAACAACCACGAGCAGCCGCACCGCCGCCCCGCUGCCGCCCCCCACCACCACCACGCACCAGAGGGCCUCGCCCGCGCUCCCGAGCUGCGCCACCACGACUUCCUGCCGGACCCGCCGCCCUGCGAGCGUCGGCCUUCGCGCCCUCACGCCGCCUCCUCGCCGCUUCCUACCCCCGCCACGCCCUCAUGGGCCUCCCGUACCCGCCCUUCCUCCCGCCCCCGGAGUACUACCCUCCCUCAACCUCCUCCCACACCGCGUCCCUGCUGCCGCCCACCACUCCUCGCCCCCGCCCAGGGACUCUCUCUCUCGCCCACGUCGCAGCCCGACCCCGACACAGAGUAA